CUGUGUCUGAAGGCGUCAGAAAGCGAAGACGGAGGUUCGGAGGAGGGAACGCUCUCGCUGCGGGCCCUCCGCUUCCUGUUCGCUUCCUGGCUGGGGGAAUCUGACAGCCGCUGUUAUCCGGGGUCCAGAGAGCGUCGAGGGUCGCAGUCAUGUCGGCAGCUGCUCCGGGGACGAGCAAGGCGGCCCACAGCGAUGUGGCCGCCAAGAAGAAGAAGGGACCCGGCGCGCUGGCGACGGCCUACCUGGUCAUCUACAACGUGGUGAUGACCGCGGGCUGGCUGGUGAUCGCCGUGGGCCUGGUCCGGGCCUACCUGGCCCGAGGCAGCUACCACGGACUCUACUACUCCAUAGAGAAGCCUCUGAAGUUCUUCCAGACCGGAGCCGUGCUGGAGAUCCUGCACUGCGCUGUAGGAAUCGUGCCGUCCUCGGUGGUCCUGACCGGGUUCCAGGUCAUGUCCCGGGUCUUCCUCACCUGGGCCGUCACACACAGCGUCAGGGAGGUGCAGAGCGAGGACAGCGUGCUGCUGUUCGUCACCGCCUGGACCGUCACCGAGAUCAUCCGCUACUCCUUCUACACCUUCAGCCUCCUCAACCACCUGCCCUACCUCAUCAAAUGGGCCAGGUACACCUUCUUCCUCGUGCUGUACCCCAUGGGCGUGAGCGGCGAGCUGCUGACCAUCUACGCGGCGCUGCCGGUGGUGCAGAAGACGGGCCUGUACUCCGUCACGCUGCCCAACAAGUACAACUUCUCCUUCGACUACUACUCCUUCCUCAUCCUCGUCAUGGUCUCCUACAUCCCCCUGUUUCCUCAGCUUUACUUCCACAUGAUCCGGCAGAGGAAGAAGGUUCUGGGUCACAUAGAGGACUACAGCAAAGUGGAGUGAGCGCCGUAGCAUCCAGAACCAGAUCCCCCGAGGAACCAGGAGCAAACUCAUGUCUGCUUACACACACACACACACACACACACACACACACACACACACACACACACACACACACACACACACACACACACACACACACACACGACCCGGCUCUUGUGUCGGUCGUCCAGAAGCUCAUCGUCUUUCUUGUUUUUGAGUUGAGAACAAAGCGGAGUUCCGCGGUUCUCCUGAGCAGAGCAGGAACCGAGCGGCCGGUAGACGGUAGAACAGGAAGUCUGGCUCUGACAGGAAGAGUCCUGCGUUCGGUUUUGAUGACAUUCCUAAUUUAAUCCAAUAAAGCUUAGUGUUUUCAUUC